AUGCCCAGGACAAUGUCUGUGACUCCUGGCAAUUUCUCUCUCAAUGGGACGAGCUUCUUCACUGAGAAUCACAGCGUUAUGGACAAACCCAGUGAGCAGAGAACUUGGAAUGUCUUUCUGUUCUGCUUUACUUUUGCCAUUGCACUCCCCGUCCUUCUGGGCAGCAUUUAUUCACUGGUUUCCCUGCUGAAACUGCAGAACAAAACCACGGUUUCGAUGAUUGUGAUCUCUUUGGCAGCAGAUGAUCUGAUCAGCAUCGUGCCAGUGAUUAUUUUCAUGCUCACGCAGUGGUCAAGGGAAAUCCUCCCCCAGCCUCUGUGCACCACCUCAGCGUUUAUCUAUUUAUUCCAGGGCAUCUCUAGCAACCUCAAAGGGUCUCUUAUAGUUUCUUACAACUUCUACACCUUCAACACGACCGGGACACUGAGCUGCAGCUCCUCCAAGCGCCGUGUGAGUGUGGUAUGGGCCAUCCUCACCAUCUGGACCGUCAGUUUGCUCAUGUGCAUUUUGCCUCUCUGUGGUUGGGGCAGCUACAUCCCCACGUCCUGGGGCUGCUUCGCCGACUGUGCCAGCUCCUACAUCCUGUUUGUGUUCCUGGUGUACUCGCUGUGCUUCUCCCUCCUGGCGGUGCUGGCUGUUCCCCUCACCCUGCGGCUGCUGUGCUCAGGUGAGCCACAGGUGCUGCACACCGAGCACCCGCAGGGCUCCGGAGCCUUCAUCUCCCCCGGGACACCGUGGGGCUGCGGGGCUAAUGCCCCUCCGCUCGCACUGCUGGAGCCCGGGGACAAAACCCUGGAGCCUUUCCAAAACUCGGAGGCAGUUUUUGGGAAGGGUGUGGCUGAGAGCAGCACGCAGAGCAGGAGCUUCACGGUGGGCUUUGCCCAGAAACGAUUCUCGCUGAUCCUGGCACUGACCAAAGUCCUUCUCUGGCUCCCCAUGAUGAUACAGAUGGCUGUCCAGUACAUCACUGGGCUGCAGAGCCUUUCGUUUGAGACACUGAGCUUCCUGCUGACCAUGCUGGCUGCCACAGUCACCCCGGUGUUUGUCCUGUCACAGCACUGGCUCCACCUGCCCUGCGGCUGCAUCAUCAAUUGCAGGAGGAACUCCUAUGCAGUGUCUUCACAAGAUGCCAAAACCAAGCGCAGCGGUUUUGAGUUCAACCUGUCAUUCCAGCAAGGCUAUGGAAUCUACAGGAUAUCCCAGGAGAAGCCUCCCCACGCCAGCAGUGAUGGUAAAUCCCUGUCCUACCACAGCCUGCUGAGCUCAGACUGCGAGGAGCGGGGCCCUGGCAGAGGCAGGGACACCUGGAUCCCAUCCCUGGCAUCGGGACAUGGCUCGGGGGGCACGCCGGGGGGCACUGGGACAGGCCCCCCACACCCCUCUCCUGCUGGGCCAGGGGCCUGUCAGGGCCAGGGGGACACAAACUGUGACCCAUCAGUGUUCCCUGAAGGACCAGAGUGGAGGCUGUCCCACGAGGAGAGCCACACACCAGAACUGUCGGACUGGGAGUGGAGCCGGAGUAAAUCCGAGAGGAACCCUCGGCAGCGUGCGGCCGGCGCCCUGGCCGUGCCCCUGUGCGCCUUCCAGGGCACUGUGUCUCUGCAGGCCCCCACCGGCAAAACCCUCUCCUUGUCCACCUACGAGGUGAGCUCCGAGGGGCACAAAAUAACCCCCGCGGCCCAGAAAAUCGAGGUGUAUCGCUCCAAAAGCGUGGGCCACGAGCCGAGCCCAGGGGAGCCUCGGGACGCGUUUGCUGACACGAGCGUGAAGAUUCACCUGGAGGUGCUGGAGAUCUGUGACAACGAGGAGGCCCUGGACACCGUGUCCAUCAUCAGCAACAUCAGCCAGUCCUCCACGCAGGCACGGUCACCUUCCCUGCGCUACUCCCGCAAGGAGAACAGGUUUGUGUGCUGUGAGCUGGGGGAAAGCGCCUCCUACUCCCUGCUCAUCCCCUCGCACAGCCCCGGCAGCGACUUCAGCAUCUCCAUCCCUGACACCGUGGAGGCUCAUCGGCAGAACAGCCAAAAGCAGCACUCGGCCAGGGCAGGGUACCAGGAGGAGAUCCAGCUGCUGAACAAAGCCUACAGAGAGCGCGAGGAGCACGGCAGCAGCAGCAGCUAA